UCGCGAAUCGAAACAGCACCGGAAAGAGAGCGAAGCGUUGAAGUGUUUGUUUUGGUGACAGUGAGCUGAAAAAUACAUCAUUUUAACAUUUGUUUAUCGCUGAUUUAUAAGUACUCACGCUUAAGUUAUGAAGCCAGCAGUUGAUGAAAUGUUUCCCGAAGGAGCUGGUCCGUAUGUGGACCUUGAUGAGGCAGGGGGCAGCACUGGAUUGCUGAUGGAUCUGGCCGCCAAUGAGAAGGCUGUACAUUCAGACUUUUUCAAUGAUUUUGAGGAUCUAUUUGACGACGAUGAUAUUCAGUGAUGAAGAGGACGAAUAGGAUUUCUCUAUUGUAUAAAAUGUUGUACAUUUAAGUAUUUUGUUUCUUCACUUUUAAAGUGAUGUUGCAUUGUUAACUCUCAGUUGAAUAAUAAACUUUUGUGCAAUAUAAAGUCUUC